UCUAUGGUUUUUACAGGAAAAUUACAAAACUGAAUCAAUGUAUUGUAACAAACUGAAAGUAAUUAAGAAUAUUUUUCUCAAAAAAAGUAAUUAAGAAUAAUGAGGAAAACACAUUUAUAAAAGAAGAAAAAUAAAAUAAUUUUAGUUAGUCACAUACAAGGAUGAAAUGGCAAUUAAUACAUAUUAUAUAUGAUAUACUCUAGCCAUUUGAUUGAUAUAUGGUUAGUUUGUUAAUAUUUUUUUUUUGGGUUAUGGAUGCAAAUUUUCCAUCCAAAAGGUUGAGAUACAUAUUCUUAUUUCAUAACCUUUGAAAUCUUCUUUACAUACUUUGGCUGGAUAAUUUUUUGUUUAGUUUUCAAUUCUAUGAAAAACUAUCAUUAUUUUCAUUGAAUUUUUUUUUUGAAUAAAGUUAUACAAUUUUGAUAUCUAAAACAUUGACAUGGUUGGUGAGGGUGGUAUAAUAGUAAAUGUGGGGGUAAUCAAAUAUGAUGAGUGAUAAAAAAAAAUGAUAAGUGCGAAAGGAAAGAAGAACAUUUGGUGCAUGUUGACAAAAAAAAGAAGAACAUUUGGUAAACGUGGAAACGGAGGAAAUAAAAGAGAGAGUUUCAUCUCAGAAAGAAAAAAAAAGAGAGACAGAAAAUUGAAAACCCUAUUCUUACGGCGGCCAGACAAACAAAGCUAUGUCUUCGUCUUUGAUUCUGAGCCUCUCUGCCAAGCUCUCCUCCGUCCGAAAACUUGCUCUGAGAUACCAAACCCUUGGGAUGUUCUCCUCUUCCUCCUCCACCACCACCAACCCCUACUUAAUGUAUGGUACCACAAUUUAUGGAAAUCCUGAAGAAGAUCUUCAUGUAAGAAGCGAUAUCCAUUACUUCGACCCUGUCAAGGAAAAUGAAGUGAUUGUACGAGACAAGACACUUCCCAUGGAGUUUCGUAAAGAGUGUGUUUUGGGCGGAAUGUCCCAUGGUUGGGUAGUUUUCAAGGCCCGGUCUGAUGAUAAGAAAGAUAAAGUCUUAUAUAUUAGCGACUACUACACUCCUUGUGGCUCCAAAUCAAACCCUAAAACCAUUCCUUUGCAUCCCAUGGGUCAACAACCUGGUCGUCCUGCCCAAUACCUCAACAUCACUAACGUCGCAAUGACUUGUUCACCUGAUCAAAGCAAUGAUUUCGCAGUGGCUGUCAACUGCUUAGGACCUGUGAUCAACUUCUUUAGGCCUGGUGGCAAGCACAAGUACUCUGGUUCGGUCCACUUUACCACUCCUCUCCAACAUUUCAAUCAGUCAAAGGUUAUGUAUUCAAAGCGUGAUGAAAAGUUCUACACCACUAGUGUUAACGGCCAAUUUUUGGUUUACUACGAUGCUUUCUUCGAGGAGGAUAUGACCGGCUCCGAGGUUCAUGAGCUGCGGUUCAUCAACCAUCCUGAGCUGGCUCAGUCCGAGUGGGAGAUAUUGGACUCAUGUUCCAAGACUGUGCACCUUGUGGAGUCUCCCUCGGGGCAACGCUUCCUAAUCAAAUGGUACGCUCAGAACCACCAACCGGGCAAGAAGAUCACCUUCUUGUGUCGCGGAACAAAGCGCUUCAUGGUGUUUAGAGAGGAAGAAGAAACACGGGUCAUGUCUUACACGGAGGACAUUGGAGAUCUCUGCAUAUUCCUGGGCAAUAGUGAGCCCUUCUGUGUCAAGGCAAGCUCCUUCCCUGGCUUAAACCCUAACUCCAUCUAUUUUGCAGGAGAUGGCUUUGGUGUUUACGAUAUAGCCACUAGAAAACCACGUUCCUUCCGUCCCAAGUCUCCCGCAGCCUUCUCCAGAGCAUCACCCGCCUUUCAGUGGAUCCCUCCAAUGUCUCUCUAGUUGCUGUCCUUCAGUAAAAAAAUCAUUAUGUCUCUAAUUUGUGUUGAACUUAUUAUAUAUAUGUUUGGUUUUCAAUUGUAUCUUUCUUUUUCUUUAAAUAAAAAUUAUUAUGAAACGU